GUGCAUUGGAGUCACUGAACUCAGAAUAGCGGAGACUUGUCCUAGUGUGCAGGACGGAGCUCUAUUCGAAGCAUUACAGUAUCAGCAGUCUGCGCGUGUGUAUGUAUAGGCUUGCAUGCGUUUAACUGCAAAAAUUACAGCAAUGGAUGCGCCACUUACCGCCGCAUACACAUCCUGAGUCCCCGGGACGGGAAAAUAAAUGAACGGUUUUAUUUUGUAUUAGAGUUUUGUACUUCUGAUAAAAAAAACGCUUUCUCUUUUUUUUAAUUUUUUUUUUUUUAAAUAACAAAUACAAAAGCUAGGCUGACAGCAAUGGCUGCACCACAACGAGCCGAAUUGUCAAUCUCACUCCAAGGGUUUCGAGCAUAGGAAACUCUGGUGGUCUCAUUUUAUAUAUAGAAAGAAAGGAAGACGGGCCUUUAAAUAUAGCGAUUAUUUUUUUGUGUUUUAUUUUAUUUUUUUAAUACAGAUUCAUGAUGAUGAACUCGUUGCAUUUCGCCGAGGGGUCUCAAGCAUCUGGGUUCUCCGCGGUCCCCGUAGCCGGGUCUGCGGCCAGGGGUGCGCGCCCGGCGGUCACCAGUGCGCUGCGAAACGAUCUGGGCUCCAACAUCCAUGUUCUGAAGACAUUAAACGUGCGAUUCCGCUGCUUUCUAGCCAAAGUACAUGAACUAGAGCGAAGGAACAAGCUGCUUGAGGCACAGCUGCAGGAAGCUCUCCUCCAGAAGCCUCGCUGCCGACCCGUUUACACCCGGAACCAAGCGGUCCAGACCGACUUUUCCUCUUCGAAUCCACCGGCCCCUGGGCUCUACCACCACUCUCGGCUGCCCGGAAACAUUUGGAGCUUCACCCACGUUCGAAGACAAGGGGAGCGGUUCGAGACGUUGCAGGGUCCCGGGGUGACCUGGACGCAUCCGGACGGGGUAGGGGUACAAAUCGAUACCAUCACACCAGAACUUCGGGCGCUUUACAACGUGCUGGCCAAAGUCAAACGAGAGAGGGACGAGUACAAACGAAGAUGGGAGGAGGAGGUAGGACGAAGACAGGAGGUGGAAGCCAUGGUGGAGACACUGCAGGAGAAUGCACAGGAGUCCGAAGUCAUUCAAGAUGAGCUGAAUGAUAAAGUGGAGCGGCUGAAGGCAGAAGUGGUGGUCUUCAAAAGCCUCAUGACCGACCAAAUGUCCGACCUGGACACAAAGAUCCAGGAGAAGGCGAUGAAGGUGGACAUGGAUAUCUGCAGGAGGAUCGACAUCACGGCCAAGCUGUGCGACGUGGCGCAGCAGAGGAACUCUGAGGACAUGUCCACAAUGUUCCAGUUGAACCCGCAGAGAGCCCAGUCCGAGCAGAACAGGGCAGUAGUGUGCAAGAAGAAGGAGCACAAGCCGGUUUCCGACGAGGACAGCUCCGAGAUGGAAGCAGAAAGCACCUGUAACUCCGAUGACGAGGUCCCCGGAUCUCUGAACAUCACGGACGAGAUGAAGCGCAUGCUGAACAAGCUAACUAGCUCAGAUUCUUCAUUUGUUGCCAGGCGGGAGACGUAUGACUUUGAUGAUGACGACGACUGCGACAGUCUGAUCUGGGAAGAGAACGAGGAUACCCUGCUGCUGUGGGAGGAUUUCGCCAACUAUAACACUCCGGCCGCCAUCGGCCCCUCUGCUUGCGCCAAUGCCAACGCCGAGGCUCAGGGGGAGGAAGAAAGUUUGGGAAGUCUGAUUGACCAAACAGAAUCCCUGUUCAAAACCAGAGAGCAGGAGUAUCAGGAAUCGAUAGGCCAGAUCGAGCUGGAGCUCGCCACAGCCAAGAGCGAUAUGAACCGGCACCUGCACGAGUACAUGGAGAUGUGCAGCAUGAAGAGGGGGCUGGACGUGCAGAUGGAGACCUGCAGGAGACUCAUCAAGGGCUCUGGCGGCAGAAACUCUCCAUCUGCUAGUUCGGUGGCCAGCAGCGACUCAGGGAACACAGAUGAAAUCCAGGAUGAACUGGAGAAGGAUGGAGAAGGGGAAAGCUCUACCAGCUGAUGAAGAAUGGAACUGUGGGCAAAAUUUACAUUAAUAAAAAAAAAAAAAAAAGACUUUAAUCCUUCUUUUCACUGGUGACUCUGCUUUUGUCCAGGGUUCUGAAGACUUCCUUAAACUAGAACCCACCCCCACCCAAAAGGAUUGGUGCUGUACAUUUCUAUUCUUGUACAAAAUGAUUCAUAUCCUGUUUCAAGAGUAUAUUAAAAAAAAAAAAAAAAAACUGUAGUAUUAAGCUGAACCCCUUUCCUUAAGCACUGCAGGUCCAGCACAUCCCAGUCUGGCUUACUGAUUGUCAGGUUGUACAUAUUUAAGAGCAAGGUACCUCUGGGGCUAAAGACCACAUUGCUGCCUCUGAAGAUGAACUUGCAGCAUAAACGGAAGGUUUAGCAUGAUCUGUUAAUUAGGGGUGUAACAAGACACUCACGAUACAAUACGUAUCGCGAUAUGCAUAUGUAUCACAGUACAUGUGUUUGUCCCGAUUUGGCUACUUGUACGAUGCAUAGUAAGAUCCCAAAGGUAAUUUUGAUGCUGGACCGUUUUAGUUAAAAAGGCAAAAAUUGUAUGAGGUAGGGAGAGUGUGUGUAUCAGUACGAACUACAAAACACUCUUCUUCUUCAUUCAAGAACCGUUUUGCUGUGCUUUUGGUCUUGUAUCACGAUACAAACGAUACAUACUUCUAUUACGAUAUGUAUCAUGUAAAAGAAAGUGUCGCGGUUCACUGAUUACCAGAUAAAUUGUUACACCCCUACUGAUGAGGCUACUGAACAGUAGUCCGGUUACACUGGGGAUAGUGUGUAGCUUCAUGGCACAGUGAAAACCUGGUUAUCAGUAAGAUUACAUCACAAUACUGGAGACGAUUGUCAGUGCAGUGAAAAAACAAUUGUGGAUAUAGCAAAGUGCCUAUAGACGAGGUCCCUGAUAGCACUGUUGUAACUUGUAGCACUGCAUCGUAACAUAUACAGCAGCACUAGAUAGAAACUUUUGUAAUCCAUUUAGACGACCAUCUAAAUGUAUUCCUCGGUUUCUUGUUUAGUACUGCCAGUCCCUGAUAGUAAAUACAGUUACUAUACAAGUUUGCAUCUUGUAUAUAGUAGAGCUGAAAAGCAGGUUAAUUGUUAGCCAUAUCUUUGAGGUUUCUGAAAAGCACAGAUAAGGGGAAAGGGAAGUCGAUGAUUAAAAUGUAAAUCUCUACAACAGUAACACAGGCAGUCGGUUUUGUAGCUUUAAAUCAAGGUUAAUUGUGCUGGAUCACUUUGUUGUGUGAAACACGUAGUCGGCUUACUGCACUCUUAACAUGCUAGAAAGAUGGAACUUGGUUGUGUUGACAAUAGACAAAACCUACCUACCAAGGUCUGCAGUGCUCAAGGAUCUCCACACAGCCAAUGCAGAGCAACACAGUGUUAAACUACUAUGCAAUAAGCUAGCCUUAUUUAUGGAGAGAACUUUUUGCCUUUCUUUUGCUAGGCAGGAACUUCUGUAUGUGUCAGUGAAAAGAACGCUUUGAUCUAUUUUACAAGUGCAAAGCUAAACGGGGGAGCCUUACCUUUUGUGUAAAGCUGCCUUUUAUAAAAGGAACGGUGUCCUCGAGACUAUUUCUUUAUCGAGAGGGAACAGUGUGUAGGAACUUUGUAAUCGCCGUGAUACUGAGAGAAACAUAACCGGAAGCUGUGGGUCAGUGCAUUACCAAAAUGUAUUAAAUUUGAACACUAAAACACAUGCGUACUAGUAUGUUAAUGGAGAUAAAUGUAGGCUACCUACCGUUUUGUUUUCUACAGUGCACUUCCAUUAAGUAUGGAUACAGUACUUACACAAAGACGGUAUUUGACAAUCAGUUUCCAUGUUACCAGUUCAAUUCACUUAACCCAGUUAGGGGAGGGACUAGAGUGUGGUUUCAGCUGAGGGACUUCUGGCUGCAUUUUCUCAUAUCGCUGAAUCCUUUUGAACUCUUUAGCUUGUUGUUUAAAGCCAGAGACAGUCAGUCUUGUUUUGGGGGGGUGGGGGGUGUUGCUUCCUGCAUUGUUUUAUACACGUCCUUCAAAGAAAUGAAUGCCAAAUGGUACACCGUUCCUUACAAAUACUUUUACUUCAAAUAAACUCUUAAAGCCAUUUCUUGUAUAUAGAGAUCUAAUUAGUGGGGUUUUCUUUUUUUUUUUAUGUAUCAUACCUUUAGUGGCCUUUUUAAAAACAAAAAUGGUUGUAUGUAAUUUUUAUUUUACUUCAUUGUAUAUUGGCUUUCCCCGUGUGUGUGUGUGUGUGUGUGUGUGUUUUUUUUAUUUUUUAUUCCAAAGCUUUGAUUCUUAAGCAUCGCAAAAAAACUAAUAUAGCCAAAGGGAGGAGGAUGGUGGUGGUAUUGAUGGUGUUGGGAGUGUUUGUGUCGGUUAGUGGGCGGGGCAGUCUCUGUUAACCAUGCUUUCUAGAUCUGUGUACAGUAGUAGAUAUUAUGAAACAGCCUUUGGUUCAAAUAUAUAUGGUCAAGGAAGGGACAGUUUUGAGUGUUCGCUUAGCCUUUUCUGAAGUAAGCGUGGAAGUUAUAGGUUAUAUACAGUGUAUGGACAGCAUGGCAAGUUUUCAGUUUGUUUUUAUUUUGUGCCUGGUUUUUAACUGAAUCAAAACCAAACCUACUUCAGAAACUACGUUGCGGUCACUCUAUUCAACAGUAAAAUAGAAUCCAAAGGAGUUACUGGUACUCAGAAAUGUUUCACAAGCGAGAAUUUACACAAGGCGAUGAUUGAUCGCUGUGGCUUUUCUUUUUUUUGUGUGUGUGUGUCUCAGUUCAGACAAAGUGUCAUAUUGACACUUUCUGUUUUUUAGAAUUUCAAUUGUAAGAAUUCUUACUGUACUAAGAUAUUUCAUUUAAGAACCAGUCCUGCCUUAGUGCAAGUAGAAGCUAGAAGAAGAAGGAAAAAAAAAACUUAACCAAACCGUUUUUUUUCUUGGUACAGAUAAUAUAAACACAUACACAUUUUAUCUGUGUGAAUGUUGCAGCUGAGUGGCCCCACUUGCGUCUGAUUUAGAGAGGAUGGCAUGCUGCUACAAUAGUUAUUCGGCGCCUUCUCAAGGGGCUUUGUAACAAAAAGAAGCAAACGUUGUCAAACUAAAUGGGCAAAAAACAGCAAGUACACAUAGCAUGUACAUUACAACAUAUUCUUAACAGUCAAGCUGGUGAAUGUCUUGCUACUGUCUGUUGCGCAGGGAUCCUAAUAUGUCUGUCAUAUAAGGCCCCCUUUUGCACCAGUGAAUUCCUCCCUUUAUUGAUAAGGGGACUUAGAAAUAGCUUAUAUAUACCCCACUAUUGUGGGGGGAAAUGGAGAUCGCUCACACGAGUGAGUGCAGCCGUUUUUUGUUAUGAUCUUUGGUUUUCUGUGUGUAAUAAGGGACAUGUUUGAAAGUGCAUGAACAGUAUAAACAGACAUCACUGUCAUUUGGAGGGGCUUGUAUUUUCUGCUGGACCGUCCUCAAGUUCUAAUGUGUCCUGUUCAUCUCAUAGAGGCCAAUGAAUAAAAAGUACUGCCUUCACUUGGGGGUACAGUAGUUUGGGGGACACUGCCCGUGUUGGUAUCAGUUCUAGGAAUUCAUAGGAGGGCAUAGUCUCUAUAGGUAACACAAACAGUGCAGGGGUGGAAAUAAGACUCCCAUUGCAUAGCAGUUUAAUCCGUUUCUGGUUUUACUUUGAGUUUAAUAAGACACACAUGUUAAAUACACGCUGUGGCUAAUCAAGCUUGAAUUAAAUAUUAAAACCUGGAAUAAAUAAAACUGCUAUGCAAUAAGAAUCUUAUUUCCAUGCCAGCAGUGCUCCUGUGUUACUGUUUUUAGAAGGCGGUAUAUUCAUGGCUCCCGUCUGGCCCACAAUGUCAUUCCACCAGUACAAACUCAUAACUACAACUCCUGACUACAGAGUUACAAAUGGGGGAGCACUGUGUGUGCCGAACACUGAAUCCAAACAGAAAUCUACAGCUCUUCGAAGCCUCUUGAUUGACUGUCAUGCCUGGUUUAUUGAGUGGUUUAUUUUUAAUUUUUUUAUACAUAUAGAUAUUUUUUAAUUUUAAUUUACUUUUUUUUUUUUUUUGUGGAUCUUCGGUAAGAGUCCAAUGGGGCUGGUUUCACAGACCCCGAUUAGCACUAAUCUUAAGUAACAAGACUGGUGCUAUUGAGGGUCUGUGAAUCCGUCCAUAAUGGAAUUAAUGUUCUUUGUGGUGAUGUUGCCUUGGGAGUAAUGGAAUCAUUUUGUUAAAUUCCGUGGAACCUGAAUUAGCUGCCCAUUUCACAAAAAGUACAAGAUUCUACAAUAUACUGAAAGUACAGUGUAUAUGAGAGUCGUUUCUACAGGAAUAGUGAACCAAUACAAAUACAUUUUAAUAGCAUGGGGUACACCUGUCUACCGGGUAGGUGAGAUGAGGUAAGGUCAUGGCAGAUAGAUAGCUAACACAGUCAUGCAGUAGGUGUUCCUGGUUUUUAGAUAUCAUAUCAUUGUUUUAUCUGAAAUUAUUGUUUUCCCCAAUCACCUGCCUUACCGUUGCUGACUGUCUUUUUAUUAUUAUUGUUAUUAUUUUGUGUUUAUUUUGUUUUUACGGUUCAAAAAGAAAGUACUGAUUUAAAAGCUUCUGUUUUACUGUAAUGUUGUAAAGUGUUUAACAUUUUUUUGUUGUAUACAAUAUAUAAAAAUGGGCUUCCUUUUUUUUUAAAGAAAAAAAAAAGAAAAGAAAUGCACUUAAUAUUGAUGAGGAUGUAAAGGAGAUAAAUGAAAUAAAUAAACAAGGGAUACACAGGUG